CGCCGCCCCUUCCGGCGGGGCCGGGGCCGCGGUUGCCGUGGCGACGGCGGCAGCAGCGGUGGCAGCAGCAGCGGCAGCAGCAUGUCGGCGGUGGUGGCGCAGCCCGUGGCCAUCUUCGGCUGCCGCUCGCAGGUCGCCGGCGGCCUCUGUUUCUUCGACGAGCAGAUCCUGCUGUACGCGGCGGGGGCGAGCUGCGUCCAGUUCCACAUCGAGCAGAAGUGGCAGAAGUUCAUCCCAGGCUCCGAGAAGAGCCAGGGCAUGCAGGCGCUGGCCAUCAGCCCCAACCGGCGGUACCUGGCCGUCUCGGAGACGGUGGUGGAGCAGCCGGCCCUGACGGUGUACGAGGUGUCGCUGGUGCCGUCGCGGCGGCGGAGGACGCUGGCUGCCGCCGAGCUCCCAGCGCGGGAGUUCGUGGCCCUGGCCUUCUCCCCUGACUCCCGCUACCUGGUGGCUGCCACCGGCCCCCCCGAGGUGCACCUCACCUACUGGCUCUGGGAGAAGCAGCGGCUGAUGGCAGCAGUCCGCGUCGAGGCCCUGGGCAGCAGCCUCUGCCAGGUGAGCUUCAGUCCUCAAGACAAUGCACAGGUUUGUAUCACUGGAAAUGGCAUUUUUAAACUUUUUAAAUAUAGUGAAGGAACUUUGAAGACAACGGGUUUACAAAAGGGAGAGCUACAAAACUACCUGUGCCAUGCCUGGCUGUCUGCAGAGAAAGUUGUAUGUGGCACUGAUACAGGCAAACUUAUCAUAUUUGAAAGUGGAGAGGUGCGCUGGGAGACAAGUGUUGAGUACAAAAUACCACCCAGGGAAUUAGAAGAAGAUACAACAACAAAAGAACCUGGGAGUCUUACUUCAUUUUCUGCUUUCCAUUCUGAUAUUUCUUGUGAUCUGGUCGCUGAUGAUAAUGGCUCACAAAAGGAUUCUUUGCCUCAAAUAUGUGCGGUUGCAGCUUAUUCCAAAGGCUUUGCAUGUUCAUCUCGCCCAGGGGUUGUUCUUGUGUUUGAGAAGACUGAGGAAAAGGAAGUCUACAAGGAGACUCAAGAAAUCUGGAUUCCUCGGGACUUUUGCAACAGCGAACCAGAACAGUCAGGCAGAGAGGACAUUAUAUGUAUAUGCUUCAGCCCUUCUGAGGAAACGAUGAUCGUUAGCACAACUAAAAAUCAGCUUUACAUGUUUACUAUGCCUUCCACUGAGAUUAUGAAAGAGAAGUCAGCUCAUUUUAUACAUCUGAAUUUCCCAUUACAUUCUGAUUCGAUCACUGGUCUGGACAGCUGUAUUCGGAAACCCAUUGUUGCUACUUGUUCCCUGGACAGAUCUGUCCGCAUCUGGAAUUACAAGACCAACACUUUGGAGCUGUAUAAGCAAUAUCAGGAGGAAGCGUACACAGUAUCACUUCACCCCACUGGCCUUUUCUGUUUGGUUGGGUUUUCUGACAAACUACGACUUAUGAGUCUACUGUAUGAGGACAUGCAUGUUUUUAAGGAAUUCACUAUAAGAGGUUGUAGAGAGUGUGCAUUCAGUAAUGGAGGCCAUCUUUUUGCUGCAGUUAAUGGAAAUGUGAUUCACAUUUAUUCCACCACCACUUUUGAAAAUACUAAUAAUCUAAAAGGACAUAGUGGGAAGAUACGUGCAGUUAAAUGGAGUGCAGAUGAUGCUAAAUUGGUCUCCUGUGAUGCACAUGGUGCUGUGUAUGAGUGGAACUUGUUGACAGGUAAAAGGGAGUCAGAGUGUGUGCUCAGGUCCUGCAACUACAGCAGUAUUGCCCUGUCUCCCUUUGCCAAAAUCAUCUUCGCUGUUGGAUCUGACCAAACACUGAAGGAAAUUUCAGAGUCUUCGAUUCUGCAUGAAGUGCCUGCUUUUGAUGUUGUUUAUACUGCAAUAGCUGUUUCUCGUUCUGGGCACAUGUUAUUUAUUGGUACAUCCCUGGGGACAAUCCGAACUAUGAGGUACCCGUUGCCUUUGCCCACAGAGUUCAAUGAGUAUCAGGCCCAUGCAGGUCCUGUUACAAAGAUGUCCGUAACAGAUGAUGACCUGUUUCUACUGACUGCCUCAAAGGAUGGCUCUUUUUUGAUCUGGAAAGUGUAUGAUAAAGAAGGUCAGAUACUGAAACGGGAAAAGGAAGUUGAAUAUGCUGAAGAAGUACUGAUCAUGAGAUCAGAUAUAGAAGAGAAGGGUCAGGCGAUGCUAGACCUGCAGAUUCGUGUGAAAGAGCUGCAGACAGAAAAUGAUUACCAGCUACGUCUCAAGGACAUCAACUGUAAUGAAAAAAUAAAGGAAAUAAAAGAGAUUUUCACCCAGGAAAUAGACUGUCUUAAAACCAAACAUGAGAUUUUACAGGCAGAAAAAGAAAAACAGGAGCUGCAACACCAAUAUCAACUGUUUGAGUUGAUGAAGAAACAGGCCAGAGAGGUGCAAGACCUAGAAUCUAGCAAUAAUCAGAAACUGUUAAUGGAAAAUGAAAAAUACCAGGAGCUGCAAGUGAAAUCCCAGAGGAUGCAGGAGGAAUAUGAGAAACAAUUGCAUGAUUUGGAGGAAAGCAAAAGCAAGGCUCUGGAGGAGCUAACAGAAUAUUAUGAAGAAAAACUUAAUGAGAAAUCUGUUUUGUUGGAAGAGACAGAGGAGACUAUCAGGCAGCAGCUUCACAUAUAUGAAGAAAUUAAGAAACAGAUUGAAGAUGAUGGAGACCAAGAGAUCCAGGAAAUCAAAAUCAAAUAUGAGAGACGGCUCCAGGAAGAAAAGGAAUCAAACCUGCGACUGAAAGGAGAAACAGGAAUCAUGAGGAAAAGGUUCAACAGCCUACAGAAAGACAUUGAAGACCGAAACAGUGAGAUUGAAGAAAUGAAACUGGAGCAGCAGAAGCUGCAAGGCAUCAUUACAUCACUGGAGAAGGACAUCCUGGCACUGAAGAGGGAGAUUCAAGAGAGAGAUGACACUAUUCAAGACAAGGAGAAGCGGAUAUAUGAUCUAAAAAAGAAAAAUCAGGAACUGGAAAAGUUCAAGUUUGUACUGGACUACAAAAUAAAGGAGCUUAAGAAGCAAAUACAACCACGUGAAAAUGAUAUCAUGGUAAUGAAGGAGCAGAUCCGUGAGAUGGAGGGGGAACUGGAACGAUUCCACAAGCAGAACGCACAGUUGGAACUGAAAAUCACAGACCUGCAACAGAAGCUAAAGGCAACUGAUCGCCAGGUGCACAGAGAGAGGCAGAAGGAACAAAAUAUGAAAGCUGUCAUCAAACGAUUUAAAACAGAUCUUCAUAACUGUGUGGGCUUCCUUCAAGAUUCCAAAAAACUGAAGGAUAGGAUCUGUGAGCUCUACACCAAGUAUGUGCGUCAAACAGACAUGGUGGAGACUGUAGAAUUAGACACAGAUUUGCAGCAGGAGUACAUCAGACAGCGAGAGUAUCUUGAGAGGAAUUUUGCAACUUUAAAAAAGAAGGUGGUGAAGGAAAAUGAAAUCCACCGAGCCGAUUACAUGCGCAUCAUGCAGGAAAAUGUGAGUCUGAUUAAGGAGAUUAAUGAGUUGCGGCGAGAACUGAAGGUGACCCGCACCCAGGUACAUGACCUCCAGUCAACGCUAGGAUUAACCAAGAAAAAGCAAGUAAUUCGAGACCCAGCUCCCUCCAGUGAACUGCUGUCCAGCCCAGCUGUGCUGAGGUUGAAUGCAGAGAAAGAAAGUGAAAAAAUCAUAGAAAUGCAGCAACUAGAAAUUCAACGCCUGCGAGACCAAAUCCAAGAGAAGGGACAGGUCCUUGCAAUUCAGCCUCUUUCAGAUGGAAAGCUUCCUAUGCUGAACCUGGAAGAAAGCCACAGGACAUAGCCAGAAUGACCUGGUUCAAGAACACCUUACGUUACUAUAUUCUCCUGGCAAGAUCAGAAGUCCAACAGCAUUGAUUAGACUUGCCCUGUCCUGUACUCUUCCAACAAAAGCAUUUAUGCAGUACUCACUACUCUGAAACACAAGGCACUUGCCUUCUCUCCAUCUUUCUUUCCUGGAAUCUACCCUUUCCAUGAGGACUUACCUUUCCCUUAAAUAUGCAUGGCCUGAUACCUGCCUGCUGCCUAGGAGCCAAGAGAAAAACAAAUAAACUUAUGUUAAUGCAA